AUGCUUCUCUCCUUGCAGCUGCUCAAUUCCUUCCCUUCCUUCAUGGGCUUCAUCCCUGGCCCUCAUCACCGGCUAAUACCCAACGCCAUGCAAGCCAAAGAUUUCAUUUUGGAGCAAGCCAAGGAGCACAGGGCUACCCUGGAACCCAACAACCCUCGGGAUUUCAUUGACUGCUUCUAUAUUAAAAUGGACCAGGAAAAACAUCACCACGCAUCUGAGUUCGACACUGAGAACCUAUUCAUCUCCACCCUUGACUUGUUUGCGGCAGGAACAGAAACGACCAGCACCACGCUCAGAUUUGGGUUCCUGAUCCUCCUGAAAUACCCAGAGAUAGAAGAGAAAGUGCACGAAGAAAUUGACCAGGUGGUUGGCCGUUCCCGAAGACCUUGCAUGGCUGACCGCGGACAGAUGCCUUACACGGACGCCGUCCUCCACGAGAUCCAGAGGUUCAUUUCUCUCGUCCCAUUGAGUAUACCCCAUGCGGUGGUCAAAGACACGCCAUUCAGACAAUACAUCAUCCCCAAGGGGACCACAGUAAUUCCUGAUCUGACCUCGGUGUUGCAUGACAGCAAGGAAUUCCCCAAUCCCACAAAGUUUGACCCACAGCAUUUCCUGAACAAAGAUGGGAGCUUCAGGAAGAGCGACUACUUCAUGCCCUUUUCGGCAGGGAAGCGGAUCUGUGCAGGAGAAGGCCUGGCCCGCAUGGAGCUCUUCUUGUUCUUCACCACCAUCCUCCAGAACUUCAAGCUGAAGCCCCUCAUGGACCCCAAGGAGAUCGACAUCACGCCCCUGAUGAGUGGAUUGACCCGUGUCCCCCAGACCUAUAAACUCUGUGCUGUGCCCCGCUGAAAAGGUCACCUCCGGACAGCAAGUGGACUGGCCAAGAUGUCGAUGGUCAGAGGAACCUGGCUUAGGUGUCUGCAAGGGGAGCGAAAGCAUUGAGUCCAGAAAGUCAGUCCGGUGCAAGGGGGAAAUGUGGGCUCUGAUAAAUCUGCAUUAAUCGCACACAAGCAUGGACUUUAAACUGCUUGAGCUUGUUUGAGAGCUCCAAUACGCUUGUAGUAUGUUUAAAUUAUUUGCUAUUGUUUCAAGCUUUAAAUUGUUUAGAACCGAUUUUAUUUGUGUGGCAUCCUGAAAUUUCAAGUAGUAUUCUGGAUGGCAGGUAUUUCAAUAAAUACAAUAAACAAUGUUGCUUUACAAGUGA